AUGAAGUGGGCGUAUAAGGAGGAGAACAACUUUGAGAAACGCCGUGCUGAGGGAGACAAGAUUAGGAGGAAAUAUCCUGAUAGAAUCCCAGUGAUUGUAGAGCGGGCUCCAAAGUCUCGUCUGCGAGACCUAGACAAGAAGAAGUACUUGGUGCCAUCUGACCUCACCGUUGGUCAGUUCUACUUCCUUAUCAGGAAGAGAAUUCACCUUCGUCCUGAGGAUGCGUUAUUCUUCUUCGUGAACAACGUUAUUCCCCAAACCAUGACAACAAUGGGGCAACUCUAUCAGGUAGAAUUUGAUUUUGUGCGCAUGAUUGCGACAGCAGGGUAUAGGAGGGUCCUGCGCUGCGCGCAGCUGGGUCGUGGCUGUAUCGAUCGUCUGUGCCUCAUUACGCAUUAUGGUCGUGUGACCAAUAACAGUGCCUUUCGUGAUUGA